GAUAACUUGCCAUCUUAGUCUGUAACUGUAUAUUUGGUCUUCAAUUGUGACUACAUAAAGUGCUGAAAUAUUUAUAACUUGGGAAGCAGUAGAGAGUUAUAAGUGUAGGUCUGGUAUUAGACUACCUGAGUUCAAAUCGCACUGCUAUAUCGUUUGUUAACUAUGUGGCAUUAAGUUCCUUAACGUCUCUGACAGCCUUGUUUUCCUCAUCUUAAAAUGGGAUCCUAUCAUUUCAUAAAGUUGUAUUUAAUAUGAGUAUUAAUAAUAGUUCUUUGAAAACCUGCUAGGAAUUAUGUCGAGCAGUUCAAUUUCAUUUUAUCUAAUUGAGAGAACAGGGCUUCGUACAUUGUAGACACCAAAACACACUGAAUGAUUUGAGGCGGGGCCAAUGAGGUCCGCAGCUGGCACGCCAUUAGAGAAGUCACGAGUGGAGCUCAGUCAUGUCUGCCCCCAAAGCGCCUGCGCUUGACCUCUACGUUAUAUUUACUUUGGCAAUGUACAAAGUGCUGAGGAUAGUCUAGCCCAGACGGCCCCUAAUACACUGUCGUCUUCUUAUCCCCGGCUCUCUACGUUAGACAGGGCUGCCCCGACUUGGCUGUGAACGCUGACUCGCCCUUUUCCAGUUGGCCCUUGCGCCCCUUAGUCCGGGAUACAGCGUUUUCCUAAGCGAGGUUUAGGGGUGAGCUAGAAAAUGUACCCGUCUUCAUUCCUCUAUUCUUUCUUCCCCGUAACGACAGGGUGAGUGGCGCUGGGGUUGGGACGCGUCUCCGGAGUCCCAGUACCCUCGGGACCCGCAGGCCGCGCGGAGGCGACAACGGCCCUGAAAUUUGGAGCACUUGUUUCCAGCCGGACCGCGUCCUUAAGUACUCAGGGGCGCCGCGCAUGCGCGCUCCGCCCGUUGCCGCGCCGGCCCUGCGGACGUGCGCGCGCUGCCUUCGCGGCACCUGGGCCUAAGGUGCGUGGCUCCCGGGCCCUCGCCAGCUCCAGGUGCGUGAGGAGGACUUCGGAAACCCGACUGAGAAGUGGAGCUACCCCCAGGGAGGGUCGGACUGCCUCAAUUUCGCCAAGGUCUUUCAUUUCUUGUUCGCUUACUUUCCUGAAAUCGUCACAUUGUUUUAAUGGUACUACUAGUCAAGACAAGAAAAUCAACAGGCUUUCAGCCUUGAGGCAACGUUGGAUUUUAUUGAGUUUAACAUAAGAAAUAUUACAGUCUCUUUUUUUAAUGUUAUCAACAAAAAAAGCAGUUGAAAUGGGAUUUGGAGUUCCAUGAGUGCUUGAGUCUUGCUCUGUUGCCCAGGCUGGAGUGGAGUGGUGUGAUCUUGGCUCACUGCAACUUCUGUCUCCUGGGUUCAAGCAUUCUCCUGUCUCAGCCUCCCAAAUAUCUGGGAUUACAGACAUCUGUGGAAUUUAAGAACAUUAUGGAGCUCAUCAGAGUAUAUCACUGAAGAAUAUGAUGGCUGAAAACAAUUUAAAAAUGCUAAAGAUUCAACAGUGUGUGGUAACCAACAAACUACCUAGAAACAGGCCAUAUAUUUGCAAUAUUUGCUUCAAGCACUUUGAAACACCAUCAAAAUUAGCUAGGCACUAUCUCAUUCAUACUGGCCAAAAGCCAUUUGAAUGUGAUGUGUGUCAUAAAACCUUUAGACAACUAGUUCAUCUGGAGAGGCAUCAGCUAACUCAUAAUCUGCCUUUUAAAUGUAGUAUUUGUCAGCGCCACUUUAAAAAUCUGAAGACAUUUGUGAAGCACCAACAACUUCACAAUGAAACCUAUCAGAAUAAUGUUAAACAGGUCAGAAGAUUGCUGGAGGCCAAGCAAGAAAAGUCAAUGUAUGGAGUGUAUAAUACUUUUACCACACAGGAAAGAUGGGCAUUACACUCGUGCUCUAAGUCCGAUCCCACAUAUAGCAUGAAGAGAAGAAAGAAUAUUCAUGCAUGUACGAUUUGUGGCAAGAUGUUUCCAUCACAGUCAAAACUUGAUAGGCAUGUACUUAUUCAUACUGGUCAGAGGCCUUUUAAAUGUGUCUUGUGUACUAAAUCUUUUCGACAGUCAACUCACUUAAAAAUCCACCAACUUACACAUUCAGAAGAAAGACCUUUUCAAUGUUGUUUUUGUCAAAAAGGAUUUAAGGUUCAAAGCAAACUUCUGAAGCAUAAACAAAUCCAUACUAGGAAUAAGGUUUUUCGGGCUCUUUUAUUAAAGAAGAGGCGUACAGAAUCUCGCCCCCUGCCUAAUAAGUUAAAUGCAAAUCAGGGUGGUUUUGAAAAUGGUGAGAUUGGUGAAUCUGAGGAGAAUAAUCCACUUGAUGUCCACUCAAUUUAUAUUGUCCCUUUUCAAUGUUCAAAGUGUGAAAAGUGUUUUGAAUCGGAGCAGAUUCUCAAUGAACACAAGUGUUUUCCUGCUAGAGGUGGCAAACUUUCAAGCAGGUUCAAAAGAAGCUACAACUAUAAAACCAUUGUUAAAAAAAUCUUGGCCAAGCUUAAACGUGCCAGGAGUAGAAGAUUAGAUUACUUUCGAUCUGAGAAAAAAGUAUUUAAAAAGAGUUUCUUGAAAAAUUGUGAUCUUAUUUCUGGUGAGCAGAGCUCUGAACAAACCCAGAGAACCUUUGUGGGUUCUCUUGGCAAACAUGGAACACGUAAAACAAUUGGCAAUAGAAAGAAGAAAACAUUGGCCUUGCCAUUUACUUGGCAAAAGUUUCAGAGCCAAAAUGUGGGAAAAAACUUGAAAGGUAUCCUUACGACAGAAAACAUAUUAGGUAUUGAUAAUUCAGUGAGUAAGAAGGACUUGUCAAUCUGUGGUUCAACAGGUGAGGAAUUCUUUAAUAACUGUGAGGUACUUCAGUGCGGUUUUUCAGUUCCAAGGGAAAACAUACGUACUAGACAUAAGAUAUGUCCUUGUGACAAAUGUGAGAAGGUAUUUCCUUCUAUAUCCAAACUGAAAAGACACUAUUUAAUUCAUACUGGACAGAGGCCUUUUGGCUGUAAUAUUUGUGGGAAAUCUUUUAGACAGUCAGCUCACUUAAAAAGACAUGAACAGACUCAUAAUGAAAAGAGUCCUUAUGCAUCUCUUUGCCAGCUAGAAUUUGGAAACUUGAACAAUCUUUCUAAUCCAGGUAAUGAUAACUAUAAUGCUUCCCAACAAUGUCAGGCUCCUGGUGUUCAAAAAUACGAGGUCUCGGAGUCAGAUCAAAUGUCAGGAGUUAAAGCAAACUCGCAGGAUUUUAUUCCUGGUAGCACCGGGCAGCCCUGUCUUCCUAAUGUACUUUUGGAAUCAGAGCAAAGCCAUCCUUUUGGCAGUUAUUCAGAGAAUCAGGAGAAAAAUGAAGUCUUCCUGUACCGAUGCAGUGUUUGUGCCAAAAGUUUCCGAUCUCCGUCUAAACUGGAAAGGCACUACCUAAUUCAUGCAGGGCAAAAACCAUUUGAAUGCUCAGUUUGUGGCAAAACAUUCAGACAGGCUCCUCACUGGAAGAGACAUCAACUUACUCACUUUAAAGAACGGUCACGACCACGGGAGAAAGUGGUUGCCUUAGAUUCGGUUAUGUAAACUGUUGGCAACCACUAAUAAUUGUGGUCUCUGGUAAUCUCAUUUUUAAAGCCUGUAUUUAAAAUGCAUCUGUAUCCAAAUGCCUGCAUUAAAUUGAAUGGUUUCACAGGCAUUUGCUUAUCCUGCAUAGUAAGAAGGUAAAAUAUUAAUACGAUGUUUAGAAACAGCCGAAUGAAUUUUUAGAGGCAAGAACAUGAUUUGAUGCUAUAAAGUAGGCAUUUUAAUACUGUAAACAAGCUUUGGCUGUAUUGAAAAAUAUAAAUCCAUGAUGCUGUACAAAUAAUUUAGUCUCAUUUUUUAAAAGGAAUUAUUCAUACCAUCUCUUUUUAGAUAUACUCAAAAGUCUGAGAUAACUCAAAAGUUAGAUAUACUUUUAGCUGCAGCACAUAGCCCUGCUCUAUUUCAUUUAUUUUACAUUUCAUGUGAAAGUUUUUGACCACGUGGCUCAAAUUGCAUUAGAAAGUUGGGGGUUUUUGUUUUUUCUUUGUAAAUUUAAAAAACUACAGAGGCACUAACGGUGAAAAUGGAUGAGAAAAUUAUAGUAUUGGUCUUUUCUAAGCUGUUUAUAUUUAGGAUUAUGAUAAUUUCACCUUCAGGUGAUAAGGAUUUUUUUUUUUUGGUCCAGUUAGUGCCAUCUUUCUCAAAAUAAUUUAAAAGUAGACAGGCUAGGAUAUAUCCAUGUGCAUUUACCUACCUUGUUUACUUACCAGGAAUAUUUUCCAAGUGCCAUAGUCUUUUUGUUUUCCAUAAUGUGUAUGCAGUUUUAUCUUUUCAGAGGAAUAAUUUCAAAUCAUUUAUUUGCUCAUUAGUGAUAGCAGUAGUCAUAGAUCUAAGACUCUAUUCUAGAGAUUUUCAUCUCCUUAAGACUUUUAUGUUUAUUUUAGUAAACUUUUCUUUUUAUGCCUCUUUAAUGGAGUGGUCCUAUUAUUUAAGCCUGUUCUAAGUUUGAUCAAAUGGCAAUGACUAGGUCUAGUUUUAGUUUUUACUUUUGCAAGAGUCUAAUGCUGAAGAAUUUUAUUUUGAUCCUUGUUAUAUUUUUAUUUUAAUUAGUAAAGUAGUCAUUCCUGUAGAGGGAUAAGAUGCUUGUAGAGUUGUGGGUAUCAUUCCAAAUAGAACUGUUAUGUUUUGGGAAAUAUUCUAAACUACAAAUGACUUAUUUCAUAAUGACAAAUUGUCCUUCACAUUUGCCUUUGUUUAUAAAAUCUUCAAGAAUGACAUUUUCUAGCAAUAAAAGGAAUUAACCAUUAUGGUUCUAAGCUGAAAAGAGGAACAUGUGGAUAGUUAUCCUACCACACUUAAAUACAGUGGAAAAUCUUCUAUUGAGAAUGUGGAUAAAUGAACAGUUGUAAGUUUUGCAUCGUAAUCUAAGAACUUUCUUUUGGGGGGGGGGAGGGGGAGGUGGGAGGGGUAGUAGGUGGGAGUGAUCUGCUUGCUUUUGCCAGAGGUGAUUUUUAAGUAACUCGGGUUUAAUUUAUGGAGAUAAAAACAUGACAAUCCGAGUAAAAUACCCAAUGAUGUAUAAUUGUUCCUGUUUAUUACAUAGAUAGUAGACCUCCAACAAAAGCGGAGAAUCACAUGCUUUACAGAAUACUCUCUUAGGUCCUUGAGAUAUAUUCCUCCAGUGCAAACAAGAUAAUGGUUUACAGAAUUUGCUUUACACAAAACUUCAGGGACUCAUCAUCUGUUACACAAAAGCAAGGAAUAACUAGUUUAUAUUUUCCAAUAAUGUUCAAGUUUUUUUCCUUAAUAUGUCUGAAUUUACUGAUUUUGGUAUUUUUCUAAGAAAUUUAUGUAAUUUUAUUUGAAGGAAAUGUUUUACAUACUCUUUUUCCCAACCUAAAGAGGGAGAGUCCUCACAGUGUUGUGCUUGUAUGAUUAUGAGACUUUAUUUGCUUAAGUGAUACUACUAUACUUUAUUUUUGACCCAUGACUUCUUAAGCUGUUUCACAUUGAAAGUUGGAAUAUUGUAAAAAUUUUGUCAAAGAUGUACUGUAGUGCUAUUUGAAGUACCUGUAACAAAACACAGUUGGCCCUCCAUAUCCAUGGACUCUGCAUCUGUGGAUUAAACCAAUUGCAGAUCAAAAAUAUUAGGAGGAAAUAAUUAAAAUAGUGCAAAUAAAAAAUACAGUAUAACAGUUAUUUAAAUAGCAUUUACAUUGCAUUAGGUAUUAGUCUAGAGAUAAAGUAUACAGGAGGAUGUGUGUUAAUUAUAUGCAGAUAUGCUGUUUUAUGUAAGGGACUUGAGUAUACUUGGAUUUUUGGUAUCUGGGGGUGUGUGCGGUGGGGGGUGAGGCCUGGAACCAAUGCCCUGUGGAUACCAAGGGACAACUGUACUUAUUUACCUUUAUUAUCAUUGCAAGCUUCUUAUGGAAACUUUAUAGGAAUGAAAUAUACAUGUUAAGAAGAUUAAACAUUAGAUAUUAGAUGGUUUGUUGCAUGCUACAACUGUUAGUAUUGUUAAUUACUUUGGUUUUACAAAAAAAAAAAUAAGUGAUAAAUAUCUUUAAAGAGAACUAGAAGAAUUUUUUGUUUGAGUGAUUCCAGGCUGUAGCAUGAUUAUUUACUGAAGUGGUUUGAUUGGCUGGCUAACUUAGAAUUAUUGUUUCUUGUUUGGUAUUGCAAUAGGGCUUAUAAUUGUAACAUAAAAAUGUGUGUGUGUUUAAGGGAAGUAGGUGGUGGUUAAAACUCUUGAAAUAUUUUCAGAAUACUUUAAAAAUAAAGUUUCAAGUUAUACA